GCGUUGUCUCCCACUAAUAAUUUGGCAUUAUCAACACUCCCAAAUUGUGAAAAUGAAUCCUUAUUGGUCAUCUUAUUUCACUAAAUUUCUCGGUUGGAAAGGGAAAUGGUUAUCGUUUGGAGGUAGAAUAACGCUGCUAAACUCUGUUCUUACGUCAUUGCCUGUUUUCUUACUGUCCGUUUUCCUUGCACCAAAAAAUGUUGUGAGAUCUAUUGAAAAAAUCAGGAGGGAUUUUCUAUGGGGUGGGUGUGAGGAUACUAGGAAAGUGCACUGGGUCAACUGGGAAAAGGUCUGUAAGGGUAAACAUGAAGGGGGGUUGGGCGUGAAGAGUAUUAGGGCUUUUAAUCUUGCUCUUCUUGGUAAAUGGUGGGGGAAGCUCGCUAAAGGGGAGGAGGGGUUGUGGAGUAGGCUAAUUAAGGAAAAAUAUGGCACUGGGAAUGAUAGUUGGUUGUCAUGGGUUAAGAAUGGUAGAGGGGAGGGCUCUAGUUGGUGGAAGGAUGUUUGCAGGAUAGAUGUAUUGGGAGACAAUAGAAAUGGGUGGUUAUCUAAUGGUUUCGAGAUUAUAGUAGGAGAUGGAGAUGGAAUAAGUUUCUGGUGGGACUCAUGGUGUAAGGAUGGGGCCUUAGCUCACAAAUUUCCAAGGCUUUAUAUGCUUUCUGCAGGUAUGGACUAUAAGAUAAAGCAAAUGGGAGUCUGGAUCGAGGAUAAAUGGAGAUGGAUGUUUCCAUGGAGGCGUGUGUUGCUGGACAGAGAAUCCCAAGCAAGAAAGGAACUAGAGAAGAUGCUGGAAGCAACUAAAUUACACCAAGGACGAAAGGAUAAGUGGGAUUGGAAGUUUAGCAUGGAUGGUAGCUACACAACAAGUACAGGGUAUGCAAAUCUCGCUGCCUCACAAGAACAGAGCCAGAAACAUGUCUUUGGAAGAGUAUGGAAUCCAAAUGCCCCUUCAAAGGUGUGUGGCUUUAGUUGGCAACUUCUUUUAAAUAGAAUACCUACUAAAACCAAUUUAUUCAAGAAAGGUAUCAUCAAGGAUCCGGCUGAAGUCAUGUGCAGCCUUUGCAAAGAGUAUAUGGAAGAUUGCGAUCACUUAUUUCUCUCUUGUAAAAUCACUACCGAAAUAUGGAAUAGAUGCUUGAAUUGGUGGGCUGUUCAAGCUGUGUUGGCUAGUAAUGUAUGGGAUGGUUUUAGGCAACAUGAGGGUAUUGCAGUGUCCAAACGAAUGAGGGUCGGUUGGGAAGUGGUGUGGUUUGCCUUGGUAUGGACUAUAUGGCUUACUCGUAAUGAGGUCUUGUUCAACAAUAAAAUUGUGGACAAAAACAAGUUGUUCGAUUUAGUCCAAGUAAGGUCCUUUCACUGGCUGACAAACAGAGGGAAGGUUUUGAGGUACAGUUUCUCUGAUUGGCUCCUCAAUCCCCAUCUAUGUAAUGUGAGUGCUUAAGUGCAUAGGAAACACUUCUCAACCUGUUACCUCACAAUUACCUCCAUUAAAAUUUGUAUGAUCAAGCUGAGAAACUGAGAUCAAAGGCACCAAGCUGAGGCACACGCAAACCACCAGGCAACUCUCUGUUUUCUGUCCUUUUUUUUUCUUUUUACUUUAUUUAUAAUUUUGGUAGUGUUGGGAUAAUUGUCCAACACUAUUUCUUCACAUUUAUACUCAAGACAAAAGUCAUCAAAAAAUGAACUUUUUAAAAAGAU